AGACACUUACACUACAUACUCACGUUUACGUACGCACGCACACACACACACACACACACACACACACAUAAACACACAAACACAUAUACACAAUGUUUUUUUUGAAGGAAUUAACCCAUACAAUAUCAUUACACCCAUCCUAUUUUGGGCCUAAUAUGCAAAGUCAAAUCAGAGAAAAACUACUUAUUGAUGUGGAAGGCACAUGUACUGGACGAUAUGGAUACCUUAUUACAGUUUUAUCAGUGAAUACGGUCGAUAAAGGAAAGAUUUUACCUGGUUCAGGGUUAGCAGAGUUUAAAAUAUCGUAUCAAGCCAUCUUAUUUAAACCCUUCAAGGGUGAAGUACUUGAUGCGAUUGUGACAACGGUUAAUAAGAUGGGCUUCUUUGCUGAUGUCGGGCCAUUACAAGUUUUCGUUUCCAACCACUUAAUUCCAGCAGACAUGAAAUUUGACGCUAAUGGUAACCCCCCUUGCUAUUCCUCCGAAGAUCAGGUGAUACAAAAAGAUGUAUUGGUUCGGCUAAAAUUGGUUGGUACGCGUGUGGAUGCAACAGAAAUUUUUGCUAUUGGCACUAUCAAAGAAGAUUAUUUGGGUGUCAUUUCUCCUUAAAGAUGAUAAUACUGACACUCAGAAUGGCCUUUCAUAUAUCUCGUUGUACGAGUCAGGGCACAACAAAGAAAGAGAAGCACACGAAAGAAAACUGUAAAU